UAUGCUGCAGUCGGUGUAUCGGCGCGCCGAGACGAGACGGACGGGACGAGACGAGCGACGGCAGCGACGAGGAGGUGGAGGAAGAGGCGGUGGAAGUCGGUGUGUGCGCUCAUGACGGAGACCUCGUGCGUACCACUCAGUCGCGUCGUCGAGCGGAGCCGAGUCGAGUCGUGUUACGGCCGCAAUCGUGGUUGUUCUUCGCAACAGUUUGCCCCGUGACGACGUCAGUAUCUGUGCGCGAAGACAAAAACGUCCGCCAGUAGAAGAAUUUGAAACAGUUUGAAGUCGAAGUGUAACGUCGCGGUGAGACUCUGAAUUUGAUUUUUUCCCUUUGCUGCAUCAAUUAACUUUUUUUUUACUGUACCGAAAGUUUCAAACGUGCAACCGAAGCGCUACUCUCGUUCGACCUCUCUCGCCCUCCGCGAGUUAUAUAUCCGAUCUACGUGCGCUAGUCCUCCCUACUCUCUUUUUCUUCAUGUGUAUUUUGCUCUCUCCUCUGUCUGUCUGUCUUGCUCACGCGUUAUCCCUCCCCGUUGGUGUCUCACUCGUUCUCGCUGGCUCUCCGGGCAGCGAUUUCAAGAAUGUGACAGUGCGCGUCCUCGCGGUCGCCUCGCGCGAAUAAGCCCGCAGGCCGGCGACGGCGAUGGGUGACGAGCGACAAGUGUUACGGUGAACAGUGUGAGUAACAGUGAAGAAGUAGACGGGAGAGAAAGACGGACGAUGCAAGCGGAAAAUGUCACUCGGUGAUACGCGUAUACGGAUGACGGGGAGUGAUCGACGCGACAAUCUCGGAUUUGAGGUUAAAGUGUCGUCGUCGUCGUCGUUGUUGUUAUGUGGUGCCGGUGCGCCGGCAUUGGCGACGGCACGGGCAAAGGAAUAUCAAGAAAGAAAACGACACUAUCGUAUUCUACAGGGCUUAGCCGCCCGAGAUUCGAGGGACAUUGAUCAACCGUCUUGGUCUAACGUUACCAGACUCGUCUCGUAAGAGAAACGUAAACGACCAGAGAAAAAAGUCAGAGAGAGAGAGAGAGAGAGAUAGAAAGAAAGAAAGAGAGAGAGAGAGAGAGAGAUUCGCAGCGAUAGAAAACAAUUUUUCGUAAGGCGAAUCGCGCCGAUGUACGUAUUAUAUACGUGCGCGUGUGUGUGUUUGUGGUUGUGUGCCGGGUCGCGAGGUUAAGACACCACAUCGCUGUCGAUAUACAACAUCGUGGAAAGUCAAGAACCGGUGUCGUGUGUGCGCGCGCGACCGAUUCGUGCUCUGCUACAGCCAACGGAUAAGAAGUGUAUCAUGAUACUAAUAGUGCGCGUCUGUAACCCCGCUGGCGACCGUUGCACCGUGUACGUCUCUUAGGACAACGAAAGCUGACAACGUCCGCGAACUGUCGAGACAGCACAGGAAACCCUCGUGCCUUUUUUCGCUUCUAUAUCGUACGCCACGUUCUUUGAACAAAUUAUCGAGUAUUUUUUGUCUAUCGAGGGCGAUAAUACGAUUUGAGCACCAAAACACGACACGCAGGUUUUUUCUAAUGCUCACGCUAAAGUGUCAUUUACUAGCGAACAAGGUAAAUAACGUGGUAACAUUUGAGUAACGAAACAAUAACAACGGGACGUGUAUAACAGAAUCGUUCGAAGGAGAGUAUCGCGAGAAUGAAGUGGCGCUUCAGCUGAUCGAGAUCGUCGCAACGAAUUGGCGUGUGCUCGCGUACAUGUAAACGGACCGCGCGCGCGCACGCUGUUCGCGUCACCAAUCAGCCGGCCAGUUUGUGUAUACAUACCGUGGCACAUAGGUAAAUGAGAGUUCAAGGUCGGUAAACGGUAUUCGACCUAACCUCGUUUACUGAUUCGAAAAAGUUAUCGACACGAAGAGGAAGAGGCUGAAGCUACUAUCCUUCGUUAUUCUACUUCGACCUACCUUGUUGCUUGCCACGCGCUAUUCUCGAUUGAUAAUAUUAAUUUUUUCUUUCCGAGAAAACCAAGGAAAGAAGAAACAAUACAGAGCAUUCACGAGAAUAGUAGAGAAAAGUGACGCACGUUAGGCCGUUCGAAAGCAGAUUUACCGUGAAGAGAACGUUACUGUUCGUGUCACGGGGGACUGUCACACUAUUUCGGGACCGUGAUCCAAAGUGCAUCAAAUCCGCAGAGAGCGUAAAUAAAUAUACGCGCGUGUGCUGGCCCCGUCGGAAGUUUCUCGCUGGGGACCGUCCUCGUUCAUCUGUAAUCGUAUGUGCGUCGACAGAAGAAGGCGGCGGUGUUUGUUUUUUUCUCGACAGAGUGUAUAACCGCCGGUGUAUAUACUUCUCGUGUUCCGUUUUUUCGUCGUAGUCGUCACGUUGGCGAAAGAGGAGCGGCAACGCGGGGAAGCUCGGCAAACGCGAAAGGGAAAGAAACGAGGCGGCGCGGGUAGAGGAAACAGUGGAGGAAGAGGAGCGAGAGGAGGGGGCGUCGGAGGAGGUGGAGGAGGAGGAGGAGGUGACGGUAGUGGUGGUGGAGGAGGAGGGGAAGAGGAAAGUGGCGUGUCCAGUGCGCGGUGGUGUGACGGUGUCGCGUCGGGCACCGAUUCCAAAUAUUUCUCAUUUUCCGCGCGGCUACGUUGAAAAGUACUGGCCCCCAAAUGCGCGUACCGCAAAUCCUGUUUCAUGUUCAUGUUCUGGAGCAAACGGACGGCGCUCACUAGACGUCUCCUAAAGGCCAAGGUCCGUGGAGAGCAUGAAACCGAGUGUGAAGCUCAAGAGGAUUCGUCACGUAUUCAUCGCGCAAACAACACGAGCGGCACCGACAACGACACGACGAGCAACGUGACGGCAACGACGGGCCAAACAACCAGAGGAGCGCGUGGAGCGUCGUCAGGAGGUGCAGUCGACGGCGGCGGGGGAGGAGGAGGGGGUGGUGGCGCUGGCGGUGGAGGGGGAGGUGGCGUAGGAGGAGGUAGCCGUAGUAUCUCGUCGAGUAAACUACAUCCAGGUUGCUGCGGUGGUGAUUUGAGCCAAGACGAUGACGAGAAUCCCGUUCGUUUGUUGAGGUGCAAGGAGCUCCUCAAAUCGCUCAAGGAAAACCAACUAGAGAUGUUACUCACCGCCGUGGAAAGCUGUGGCGCCGACCUCGGCUCGUGCGUCCUCGUGCCCCGUCAGCACACCGAGGACGGAAACGAUUCCGAGCAACAGCAACAACAGCAACAAUGUUAUCGUCAUCAUCGUUACCACCAUCAUCACCACUAUUAUCAUCAUCCUACGCACCAUCAUCAUUAUCAUCAUCGACAUCAUCGUACUAGACAUCAUCGUUCCUCGUCGUUGGAGAACGACGACGAUCAAAACUCUGGAUCGGAGGAUUCGUGCGCGUCACCGAUAAGGCCGGAUCGAUGCAGAGUACCUGCACGCGGCUCGCUCGACAACGCGUCGAUCGAUCCUCACCUGCUCUGCUGCCAGAUCUGGCGGUGGCCGGAUCUCGCCCACUCGUCGGAGCUCAAGAGACUUCCUGUCUGUCAUUCCGCUAAAGACCCUGUAUACAUAUGCUGCAACCCUUACCACUGGAGCCGGCUCUGCAAACCCGAGUCGCCGCCACCCCCGUACUGCCUUUUCGCCGACAGACUGAGACCCGAAGAUCGUGCGCCCAGCGAAGGGGAUCAACGUCGGUGCAAAAACAGCACACCCCUGCCUCUUCCCGGCUCCCUUACCACCAACGGAGAAGGUGAAGCAGGACAAAAGGAAUGGUGUACAUUAGCAUAUUGGGAAUUGGGUGGUAGAGUGGGUCGCCUCUACCCUGUAGAACCUUCAACAGUAAAUGUGUUUGAUUCCCUCCAUGAUGGUGAUGGCCUUUGCUUAGCAACAUUGGCUGAAAAUCAUGCUGCACCGCCUGCAGUCCAAAGGACAAGAAGCAAAAUUGGUCUUGGUUUAAUGCUUAGUCAAGAAGAAGAUGGUGUGUGGGCGUACAACAGAUCUGAGAGCCCAAUCUUUGUGAAUUCACCUACUCUGGAUGAUCCGGAGUCUAGAACACUACUUGUCUAUCGUGUGCCUCCAGGCUUUUGUUUGAAUAUCUUUGAUCGUACCAAAAUUCUACAGCUUCCAUAUGGCAGCAGUACCACAAGAACGAGCAAUCAGGCUUCAGGCUUUGCCUCUGGUCCUGUUGAUAUCAACUCCGUCCGCAUCAGCUUCGCCAAAGGCUGGGGACCCAAGUACUCAAGACAGGAAGUCACCUCUUGUCCGUGUUGGCUCGAAGUACUCCUAGCACCAUGCAGGUGAUCCCUACAACUCAUUACGAAGGUAUACAGUCUCGUCCGUUUGCGCCUCUUCUUCCUCCUCGUCGUCCUUCAAGAGGACCGAUCUGUGAAACUGACGCAGCAACGACGAAGCUCCGUCCCAAAGGCUGCCAACGGAUACUCAUACGAUGUGGAUCGCCGCCAGCAGUCUUACCAAAGUACGCCGCCAUACAUCCAGGAACAGCGUCGUUUUAUUAAAACAGGGAAAAACGAGAAUCGUUUGACAAGAACGUUUUAUAUUCUUGUGCCUACGAACGGAGCAUACACAGUUUAUACGUGGUACUCGAUUAUCAUUAAUUUUAUAACUCGACUAUAUUGUAUCGCAAUAUUCUUCUUGAUCGGUCAAUGAUACUGUUGUACUUUCUUGAUAAUGUUAAAUGAGAUUUUAUAAAAAGUGAAGCGGUGGUUUUCCGCUAGGUCUAGUCAGUGGUAUUUAACGUUUUUAGGCUUGACGCUAAUAUGUCUUGCAUUAAGAAUAACAUAAUAUAAACAAUAUUAACUGAAAUCAGGGAAAGUGCGAGAGUAAAAUUGACGUGUCAAUGCAGAGUCGUUUUUCAUGGUAUUGAUCAUAAGUUUUAAUGUUUGUACUGUCUGGCCAUGUCCUCGUUUAUGAUUAAUCAUUGUACUGCAAGGAAGCAGAAACUUGGGCUUCCCAUAAGGUCUAGUCAAUGGUGUUUGAGAGUAAGAAAAGCUCGUUAAUUGCAUGGAUUUUAAAAUCUAUUUAAAUUAUCAAGAAACGAGAACACUGCCAACAGAAUCAAAGGAAGUACUUAGCGUUUUAUGUUACCUUCAAAAAGACUUUUACUUUAAUAAUGAAAGUAAUAUUAUUUGUAGUAUAAAUUUCCUGCUUUUAGAUUGAAUUUAAUCGAAUACGAGAAAAGAUUUGUUGAUUCAAAAAAUAAUAAGAAUUCACUCGAUUUAGAGAUAUUUUUGUUGGUUCAUUGAUUAUUUAAUUCAAUGACAGAAGUCCCUAACUAUUCAAUAGCGGAAUUAAACAUGUAACUUUUUUGUAAGAAGGUCACAAAACUUUUCUCAAUAUUUUUCCUUAUUUUUAUAUAUUAUAAGGUGGUAUUUCAGCGCUGAAUUGUAUAAUCUUGUAAUGAAGUUUCAUUGAUAUUCAAAUGUCGUGUACCACGAGUACUGUAGUUGUCUCCGAUCGUCGUUCGGUGCUGUACAUACAUAUAUGUACAUACACUGUGCCUUCCCAGCUUCCUUCGUGGUGCAAUGCACGAGUGAUAGAACGAAUGUGUGUGUGUAUGCGUGCGUGUAUCUAAGGAAAGCGAAAGAAAAUGAGAGAACUCCGCGUGCCAGCUACGUUUCGCACCAAAAUGCCCGAGAGCUUCGUACUGCAGUAAUACGAUACUGUGAUAAAAGUUCGAACCAGGUCUCUUUUUUCCUUCCUUUUUUUUUUUUCGAACGCGUUUACGAAGCACCAACGAUAAACUAAAAAAGCAAUCAAUCUGUUAAAAUGUAUAUAUAUACGCAAAGAGAGACAAAACGUAUGCUUAAUACACAAUAGUCCAUAGACUCGAAUCUAGAGGAAAUGUUGAAUUUAUAUAAAGAAGUACUGUUUUCUCGUUUAAUUUUGUACAGUCUUGAGAGUAAACAAAAUUAGUGUAAGUGAGUGGAGUUUUACAAAUUUUAUCGUGAAAAAGUCUUCAUUAAGAUCCGCCUCCAAAUCCGAAUGCGUAUAGAGCGUGAAAGAAGAGAACUCAUGUAAUGCAGGUUGAGCGGUUUGCGCAUAACAAAAGUCGAAAAUACAUGACUGUAAGAGAAGGAAGAGUGUGUAGAACAAUGAUGUUAUGUAUGUGCAUACGAUUUAAUAUGUACCACCAGUCAUACGUAUUCAUUCAUACGCAUACGCAACACAAGCAUCUAUAAAACACAAUCGACUGAUCGUUUCUUCUUUUCUUUUUUUCGAGCCGUUAGUUACUUUCUUUUUCGUAUAGCCGUUUUUAUCGGUAUAAAAGCGUACACAUACAUAUGGAUCGUGAUCUAUUGAGGUACGAUCUUGUGUGACACGCCGAACGAUAAUAUUGUGAUGCGUAUAUUGUCGCUUAAAUGUUAUAUAUUAAUAUGUAUACGUAUGUAUACAGAAAUGUUUAUAGGUAGCUAGCUAUAUCUAUUGCAACGGAGUGAUUCUCUGGCCUGUAUGUGAUGUUAGAAAAUUGGCACUCUUAAGAAUACAUAAUAACCGUAGUGUCGUUCUUCGAAGUACCGUUAAACAAAGAAAAUGUUAAUCUCUUUGGAAGAAACUUUUGUAAACGACCAUAACCAUGGGAAUGUAUUCUUGAUAAGCCAUGCGUAUAAUCAUAUCGCGUACAGGCCUAAGAAUCGUAUAUGAUGAAAAUUGUAACGGCAAGAAGAAAAUUUUGUCGAAAAGUCGUCCAUCUCGGACAGGUACGUUGCUUUUUAUAGUCUUUUUUUGUCACGGCUCUAACUUGCUGUUAUAGUCGAGGUUGGCUCAUCGCUGGAAUUGAACCAAACGCGUGCGGUCGGUCUGAAAGCGAUUGUUCGAAAUGAUCUUCGAGUAAACAUGGAGCGCAAUAACGGUGGUCCAUAUAAUUUGUAUAAAUAUUUUAUUUUCUUUCGUAAAGAUUCGAUUAAAAAUAAGUUUACUUAUUUUGUGAAUUAUAUAACCCCAUUUCGCAAGUCAGGAAAUAAGCAUUCUACGUUGAUAAUCCUUUGCAAAUUUCUUUCGUUAUAAACAGACGACGAACGAUUUGGUCGUUCCUACUCGUUGAUUAUAAUACCAAGACACAGUCGUUCCCACAGCAUUACGCCAGAAAAGGAUGUAUAGUUAACGGUGUACUUAACGAUAUUUUGUAAUUGAACGUAUGCAAGUUGAAAUUUUGCUAGACUCGGUCAUAUUCGUAGUCUUGUUAAAAUUAGGUGACCAUUGUUAAAGAAAAGAUAUACAUCUUAACGGACGAAAUAUUUAUUCAUACUCUUCUCAAAAUAAAUAAAACGAUUAGUUUGUAUAUAAAAAAAAAAAAUGGAACACAAAAUGUAACAUCCUUUGAUACCUACAUUUUGCUUUAUUGAACGAAAAAUCGAUCGAUCGUUCGUUAAAAAUAAUUUCAUUUUCACGUCGUUCAUUUAACACUUAUUACUAAUUAUAAUAUAUGUAUAUUGUAAAAGUUGUUUAUUAUAAAUUAUUAUAAAUUUAUUAUAAAUUAAUGUCUUGAAUAAGACAAAAGGUAUUGUAUUGUCGAUAAAAGACCAGUUAAGCCGCGUUUAAACCUAUUUCUCGGAUCAAUUCAUAUAGCAGCAUGGAUAAUAUUCAAGUACAUAUAUACUUUUGAACGUAGUAACGAUGUGAACGACCUCUGGAGCGAAUGAAGUUUGGAAUAUUUUGACAGUUUCGUAUGGUACGUUACGACGUCUUAAUCAACACCAGGAGCAAUAUUUUUUCCAUUCGUUCUAUCGUUCUGUUUCUGUCAUAUUACGUUCGUUCUGUUUUGUUCUUUCUAUAUUUAACAUCUCUUUCGUACCCAUUUUCGUGGAACCAGUUGGUUAUAUAUUUACGCGAUAAACAUAAUGCAGUUAGUGUCAGUGUUUUGAAAAUUGUGUUUGGUCAUCUAUCAUCGGUAGAACUCGACGAAUGGCGUUCAGCUAAUUUCGUAAGUAUUCUUAUGAAAUUUUGAGGGCACACAACAUGUCUUCUGCUAUUUUCCGGUUUAAUGUGCAAAUUUUAUUAUUUUCACGGCACUCAUUUUCAUAUCAACUAUACCAUUGGUUAAUUCUUCUUAGUUUAAAAAUGUUGGUCACUUCGUCUAGAUAUUUGCAAAUAAUUUGAAUAUAUUUCAUGUAAUUGAAAUACUUCUUGACCAACAGAUACAGCUCAUAUAUACCUAUCAUAAAUACGUUUUAUUUACUAUAUAGUUUUAUAUUUAUGGAAGAAAAUGAAGAAAUUAAUUGCUUGAUUUUCUUUUCUUUCGAAAUAUUUAAGUUAAUUAACGACGCUACCUGUUGCAAUUCUUUAUCGAUUCGUCUCUACGUACAAUUUUUCUUUUUUCUCGCGGUAAAAACUAACUUUUAAUAGAAAAUUUCGUUCAUAAUUUAUCAAACACUCAUAGUUCUAAUUUUAUUAAAUUUCUUUUACAAACCAUAGUUGUUUAAUUUACUUCGAAACUUUCUUAUACGAUAACUUUUAAAUAAAACAAGAGCGUCGUUGUGAUACGUAUCAAGAUCGAAAUAUCUGUCAUUCAAAAGCUCCAAUUUACUAUUUUCGAAUUCUGUGCAAAAUGUGUCAAGUUCCUCAUAGCUUUGUAGUGAACGUAAAGCAAUAUACGGAUCUAAUGAAACAUUUACGAAUAUUUAAUCAACAAGCGAGAUAACGUAUUUUGAUGUGAACCAUAUAAAAGUAUAAUAUUUCAGCAUUAACUGCCAUGCUACUUGUAUUCGACCACUUUGUUUCCUAUUUUAAGGAAAUCGAAAUUUUUGAAACAAGUUUUUGAUAUUUCAAUUAAAUAGUCAGUGCAUUGAAAUAUUCAAAAAUUUACUCGUAAUGCUGCAGUAAUUAAAAAAAAAAAAAAAAAAAAACGGAGAAAUACUUUACAAGGUAGUUGCAAGUACAAUUAUAGUUAUACAUAUAGCAUGUAACGCUUCUCGAGGAUAUACCUGCAGAGUGGGCCAAAAGUCAUGGUGCAUCGGAAAAAUAGGAUGAACGAAAUUGAGAAAAGAAGAGGAACUAAGUCGGAAGCGUAGAUUUUUCAAAAUAAACUUUCGUUUCAUAGAGUACUGUAAUUUCAAAAUUCUACUUUCAGAAUAUUAUACAUACAUUGUAUAUCGUUUGGUAAUGAAUUUUAAAUUGAAGGUUACCGUAAAAUAGUAAUUUUUAAAUUUUAAUUCUGUACUUAUCAAUUUUGAUUUAAAAAUUAUUUUAAAAAGGCAGACCAUAAUUUGUAAUAUUUUUCAAUCGACACUCUAAAUUAUUAUAUCAUUAGCUUUUCCAUACUCUCAAAUUUCUUUUAACCGGUUUUAUUUCAAAACUACAUUACAAGUUAUUCGAUAAUCAAAUUUGUUUUAAUAAUAUGGUUUUUAACGUAAUUUGAUCAACGCCGUAAUUUAUCGUUAAUGCUAUAUUUUCUGUCUUUAAAUAAUUUCUGUAAUACUUUCUCUGAAUCGAAAGUGAAGGUAGUUUAAUACAUUAUCCAAGAUAAAAGUUCUUAUUGUGUCCAAAUACAUUUAACAACCAACGAUUAUGGAAUAAAAUAAAUGUUGAACAACUAUUGUACAAAGAGAAUAUUUUCUUCGGAAUAAGAAGAUUAUCCUGUUCUUUGCUGCACCAGGAUUUUCAAAUAUAUUCUCUGUACUCGAAGAGGUGGAAGUUGUUGAUUUCUCCGCAGGAAUUGUCUGUGAAACAUAGUGCCUUUCUAGCCACUUAGAGCGAGAGAUGAUUAACAAUGUAGCACGCAUAGUGCAAACGAUCAUUAUUAAAAGCACCUUACGCUUUGUCGACGAUAUUGCAAGAUCUAAUGAUAAACAUUGAAUGUCGCUGUUCACUCUUUGCUUCGCGAAUAAUUUUCACGCAAGGCAAAGUACUUGUUCUUUGUCUUCCUGCUUAUGGUUUAAAAACUGUAAAAUCGCGCUGAGGAUCGAGCAAAGCGAAUGUGUUCGAAAAAAGGGAAUCAUAUUAGAUAAAUUUAAAGUACGAUCAUCUAAUAGGAUUUUGUCGAGAUUUACAGGCAAUCAACUCUAAUAGAAUUUCCUCAAGACUUAAAGAACUUUGAUAAUACUUAUACUUUUGAAUAACAAUUAAACCACAGGUUUUUAAACCACACUGUUCAAAAUGAUUGAAAAGUACACGAUUCUAACAAAUAACAUUCAAUAACUUAAAACUUAUUUCAAUAAACUUGAAUGAAGAAUAUAUAUAUAUAUAUUCUGAAUGUAUAUGUGUAGCAAAUGACGUUAUAUACAUACAUACAUUGAAGAGACUAAUGCAUUGAAUAUUUGAUAUAACUUUUCGACCUGUAUAUAGCAUAUUUAGUUUAGGUGUGCAGUUUGUACUAUAUAGCAUUAUUUCUAUAGCUAUUGAGAUUGCACAAAAAUUGUUCAUAUAACGAGUAAAUGUGAAGGAUAAAAGAUAUCAUCCGCACUUGAAAUUUUGAUAAACAUGGUGAAGUUAAUAAACAUACUCGAUAAAUUAUUGUUCAAAAGUACACUUCAUAUGCAUCUUAAAAUAAUUAAUAAAUUAGCGAUAAUAUAUAAUUAUAAAGAUAGAGAUGUAUAUCUACAAAAAAUACGUAUAUCGGUGGUGAAAUUUUUAUACCUAACGAUUUCAAUAAAAAAUUCAGAAAUUACUUUAUCAAAUUAAAAGAAAUUCGAUAUUUCAAUAUGUCAUGAAUGAAAAAACUUUCGAAAAUUUUGUCGCUUUUUCAAUAGAUGAAGAAUUAAUAGCAUGUAUGCAUUCGAACAUUACACGUAACACUUUCUCUAAACUUUUUAAAGAUAGUGUAACUUUUUAAUCCUCUUGAAUAGUGUGUACACACGUAAAUUAUACUUACCGCACAUCAUAGUACUAACAAUAAAAUUUCAAAUGGACUUUGUGCUCUUACCUUUCUUGAAAAAGCCGAUCCUACGAUAAUUCUAGUGCCUUACACGAGAAGUGUUUCAUUUUGAAAAAAGAGAUAGCUGCGUAACGACACUACCGUUGCAACAAUAACGCAAAAUUUCUAUUCGAAUGGUGAAACUAAAAUUAUCUUCACUCGCCAGUUUAAAAUUAACAUAUUCUGAGAAAAAUAUUUCCCGAGCUAGUAUGUUGCGUAAAGAAGAUAUAGCUUGUCGAUCGAAUAAAAUAGAAUAGAAGUAGCCUGUUUUAAUAAAUUUUCAGGGUUUACGAAAUUAACUUUCCAUUAGCAAUACAAUAGCACGAUUCUAGUCAAUACACAAUAGUUUUGAGAAUAUGCACAUCCCGUUUAUCAGUAUUAAAACUUCUGGCGGAGAAAAAGCUAUUACACGUGUAACCAACUAAUUUGUAUUUCGUUUAUAUUUAAGCGAAAUGAUGAUUCGAAUGGCGUAGCAUAAUUUUGUAGAGGUUGAUAUAUUUGUAAAAGUUACAGGAAAAUAAUGAAUUAUGUAUUCUGCUCCAAAAUCUCCUGAUUUUUAUUUCAAUCUAAAAAUUUGAGAAAAAGCGAGACGAGAACUGACUGUCACGUAAUCGUUUAUUAUAUUAAUACUAAUUUAAUUAUAUUGAUAAUUUCUGUUAAUUAUGCAUAGAAUCAAAUAAUACAAGAAUUAACGCAAUGGAAAAAUUGAUAACAUAAAUGGAAAAAUUGGUCGAAACAGAGAUCGAGAUACGUCGCAAAUUAUUAUUCAGGAUCGAUAAGAUUUUUAUCAACAUUUUACCAAUAAUUUUUAAAGAUACAGAAUAAAGAUAAUUCCUUAAUAAUUUUUCGGAUUACUUAAUUUUCCAUUUGCCAGCAGAGACGUUUUAGUGCUUAUGAAUGGGAGUGUACAUGCAACUAAUUACGUACUAUGUAUUUAAUACGUAAAUUUAACACAUACUUAGAACGUUUGUAUAUAAGCGGACGCCCAAAAAUGCUUCAUAAAAUCGUAUUUUCUAACGUUGCGAGCAAAGGCAUUAUAGGUUGUGGAGACAAAUUAAAAUAUUUAUUAAGGCUAUAUUCACGCUUUUUGGAUGAACAAUGGCGAAUAAUUAUGUUGGCACAGUGUGGUUAAAAGUUAUGGAAAAUAUUAUUUAAUGACGAACAAAUUUGUACAAUUAUUAUGAAUGAAAAAAUAAAAGAUAAAUAUGCGAACUGGAAGGUGAUAGGUUUCCAUUCUAAUGUUUUCAAAAAUUUGUGUGCUUACGGGAAAUACGACCUUUCUUAAAUUAAUUUUAGUUGAACAGUAUGUAAAAAUUAAGAAUGAAAAAUUAUUUCUUAAGCGAGCUUUAGAACGAAUACGAACGUGAAUUUGAUAAGAAAGAAAAGAGAUUUUGCAAAUAAUUUUGCUUCGCUUUAUCAAACAUUUUUUGCUUCAUGAAUCUCAUUGCAACAAUUAUAUUCUAAUUAAGAUAAGUUGUAUCAUAAAUAAUGUAAAUAAAAAAAAACAACAGUAGGUCCAAAUAAUUAACUAACAGUUAAUUUAAAAAAGAAAAACCUUGAAUGGUGAAUAUUUUAAUUCACGAAUUAAAUAGUUUAAACCAAGAUUAUUCAAAAGUAUUUGAAUACAGAAUUUGCAAUUUUUAUAAUACAAAACUUCAAGGUUUUUACUAAAUCAAUCGUUUCGUAGUGCUCCAAUGUAAAAAGCAUGAUGUAUAUAUGUAUUUGUUGUCUGUGUAAAAAAAAAAGUAUUUAACAAAUUGUUAAAGAUAACGUAAAAUGUUAUUUAAAAUAAUACUGCAAACUCAUCGAUAUAGGCAAACGAUAUAGGUGCGUUACAUUUUUAAUGGAAAAAUAAUUAACAUUAUUUUCAAUGAAUCUCUUGAGAUCUGUAAUUUACUGAGAAGAAAACUCACACCAGAUUUUUCAUUUAGAUGAACGUGGAUCGAGGGUAAUAAGUUACAAAAUGUUGUAUAUUCGAUUCUAUUUGCGAAAUAAAAUUUAACGAAAUUUAUAUAAAUAACAGGUUUAAUCAACGUCGUUGUAACUUUUAUCAUUUUUAUCGCAUAGUUUCUCGCUAUAAUUGUUCAUUCUUAAGUAAAUGAUUUCUUAUUAAACAAUUGUACGAUGCCGCAAUUGUUUCAUACUAAUUAUUUUUCAAAUGAAUAACUAUAAUCGUUCCCGAAAUUUUUUGAUGGAAUUGAAAAUACACGGUAUAACAAACUGUUUUUAAUACAUUGAAAUUUUAAGUCACGAAACUACGAACAUUUUACAACUUUCCCUUGAUCGAUAAAAGGAAUCAUUAAAAUGAUAUAUAUAUAUUGUAUAUACAGUAAACGCGUCUUCAACAUUUAUACAGCGAUCCAAUGUAAAUGUAUAUAAAAGUGCUCUACAAUAUACUGUACUAUAUAAAAAAGUGAUUUCCUAUAAAAAUAAUCGUGGUAGAAAUAAAUAUUUUUUAAGAAUCAACAAUCUGUUGAAUUAACGAACUAACAGAAAACUUAAUAGAAAAAUACAUUUACUGGAUAAAAAUUUGUCUUAUUGUAUUUCUUAUUAUUGUUAAUAAAACGAAUAAUAAUGAAUAUUGAUAAAAUUACGCAAGACCUGAAACUAUGAUGACAAAUUAUUUAUAUGAUCUUAAAAUUAAAAUUAAAAUUUUCGAUCUUUUGAACAGUAUAGAGAAGAAAAUUUAAUCUACCUAUAAGAAAUCACUUCUUUUUCACUUAUACCACUUAUUUUGGAAUAUACUGUAUGUAGACGUACGAUUACGCCAAUAACGAUACUAGCAAUGUUAUUAUUACUAUUAUUAUGAUUAUUAAUAAUGGUACAAUAAUACCGAAUAUAAAUAAAAGGGUUUGUAACGAGAAUUAUAAUUAGUAGGUGUAAUAAAGAGUAAUAGAAAUAUUGACUAAGAGCGGCAUUGUAAAGAAGAACAAUGGUAUUAUUAGUCAUCUCUUUGAGAGCUCGUAAUGCUAUUUUCAAUAUAACUGUAUUCAAUAAUAAUAGGCAGAGUAAUGAUACUUACGGCGAUGAUUAUGUAUACAGAACUGCAACAGAGUUCUCGCCUUUCAUUUUUACGAAAGAAAGAAAUAUAUGAAGCUGCAAAUUUUUA